AUGAUCCCCGGGGAACUGUCCGUUGUGGGUGGAUUCCAGGAGUUCAACUACGCAGAUCAGGUUGAUACACCGGUGGUGGUUGACACUACAGACCCCAACGCGCUGGAAGACCUGUCACUCAAAAACAACCUUGUGCAAAUAUUCGCUCAUGCCAACGAGGGUAUGGAGCUGUACGAGAGGUUGGGAAGGUUGGAGGGUGUUGCCGCAAAGCUGCAUACGGAUCUUAAUAAUGGUGUCACCACUUCCACUGUGGAGCGGCGGCGCGAGCUCUUUGGCAAAAAUGAACUGCCGGAGGAGAAGAUGCUGUCCUUCUGGACAAUCUACAAGGCGGCAUGGAGCGACCGCAUGAUUCUUCUUCUCUGUGGCGCUGCCUUUGUGUCGCUUGUGCUUGGGCUGACGGUGCCGGAGCCCGGCCAGGAGGUGGUGAACAGCGAGAAGGGGUGGAUUGAGGGGUUUGCGAUCCUGACAUCCGUGGUGAUCGUGACGACGGUGUCGUCCGUGAACGACUACCGCAAAGAGCUGAAGUUUCUUCAGUUGAUGGAGGAGAACUCGGUGCAGCCGAUUGCGGUGAUUCGUGACGGGUGUGAGCGGGUCAUUGACGUGACGGACAUCGUUGUGGGGGAUCUUGUGAGCCUGUCGAACGGUCUUGUGGUGCCCGUUGACGGCUUCUACGUGCGUGGCCUCAGUGUGGUGAUUGACGAGAGCAGCGUGACUGGGGAGAACGACCCCAAGAAGAAGAAUGCCCAGGCUCCGAUCCUCCUGACGGGCACCGUUGUGAAUACGGCGGAGGACGCCUACAUGCUUGCGUGUGCGGUGGGCGAGUGCUCGUUUGGCGGGAAGCUGCUGAUGGAGUCGCGGCAGGAGGGCGGGCCGCGGAUGACGCCUUUGCAGGAGCGCCUGGACGGGCUGGCAGGAUUGAUUGGGCGGUUUGGCAUGGGCAGUGCGGUGCUGCUCUUCUCGCUGCUGUCGCUGUUGGAAAUAUUUCGAGUCAUUCGGGACACGGAGAAGCUGCACAUGAAAGUGUUUCUGGACCACUUCCUGUUGUGCGUCACCAUCGUGGUUGUGGCCGUCCCGGAGGGUCUGCCGCUGGCGGUGACGAUUGCGCUUGCGUACUCGCAGAAGAAGAUGCAGGACGACAAGAACCAGGUGCGACGGCUGUGCGCGUGCGAGACGAUGGGGUGUGUGACGCAGAUCUGCAGUGACAAGACUGGGACACUGACGCAGAACCGGAUGAGCGUGGUGCAGGGGUACGUUGGGAUGCAGCGGUUCAGUGUGCGUGACCCCGGGGACGUGCCGACGCCGAUUGGGUUGGUGAACGUGUCGGCUGCAGCGCGGGAUCUGCUAGUGGAGGGCCUGUCUCUGAACAGCUCGAGCGAGAAGGUGGUGUGCCGCAUCGGCAAGGACGGAGAGCCGGUGGCGCAGCCCUUCUGGCAGUGGCGGGUGGACAAGGGCAACAAGACGGACAACGCACUGCUGGACUUUGUGGACCGUGUGCUGCUGCAGGAGGCAGACCAGGGGGACCUGACGAGCCGUCCGCACCAGCGCGUGCGUGAGCGGGGCCGCGCGCACGGCUUUGCCAUCUUUCCGUUUACAAGCGAGCGGAAGUUCAUGAGCGUGGUUGCGGUGGGCCCGGGCGGUGCGCUGAGGCAGCACGUGAAGGGUGGGUCGGACCGCGUGCUGGACAUGUGCGACCGCUACUACUCCGCCGCGGGGGUGGAGGAGCCGCUGACGGACGAGGUGCGGGGGAGUAUCGUUACGCAGAUUCGCUCUUUCGCGAGCGACGCGAACCGCACGAUUGGCGUGGCGUACGGACACGUUGAGGGCAACGCGCUUCCUGCCGACGAGCCGACGGUGCCGCUGGUAUGGCUGGCGCUUGUGGGCAUCCAGGACCCUUUGCGGCCGGAGGUGCCGGACGCCGUGCGGAAGUGCCAGCACGCCGGCGUGACGGUGCGGAUGUGUACGGGCGACAACCUGGACACGGCAGUGGCCAUCUCGCGGCAGUGCGGCAUCUACAACCGUUUGCGCGGAGACGUGGCGAUGACAGGGCGGGAGUUCCGCAGCCUGGUGUACGACUCGUACGGCAACAGCGCGAACAUGGAGCGGUUCUGGCCGAUCCUCAGCCGCAUGGUGGUGAUGGCGCGCUCGCAGCCGCUGGACAAGCAGCUGCUGGUGCUGAUGCUGAUGAUUCGCGGCGAGGUGGUGGCUGUGACGGGGGACGGGACGAACGAUGCGCCUGCGCUGCGGCUGGCGAGCGUCGGCUUCGUGAUGCGAAGUGGGACGGAUAUUGCCGUGAAGUCGUCGGACAUUGUGCUGCUGGACGACAACUUUCGUUCCGUGCAGCGUGCUGUCGUGUGGGGACGGACGGUCAACGACAACAUUCGCAAGUUUCUGCAGCUGCAGUUGACGGUGAAUUUUUCGAGCGUUGUGCUGACGUUUUUUGGGUCGUUUUUGUCCUCCACGCACACCUCCCCGCUGAGCACUGUGCAGCUGCUGUGGGUGAACCUGAUAAUGGACACGCUGGCGGCGCUCGCACUCGCGACGGAGGAGCCGUCAGAGGCAUGCCUGGGCCGUGGCCCUGUUCUUCGCAGAGCGCCGCUCGUGUCACGCCGCAUGUGGUGUACCAUCUGUACCAUCGCCGGCUACCAAACACUUAUCACGUCUCUUUUAUUUGCGUACGGUGGACAUCUUUUUUCUCCAACAGCAGAGGGCAGUCGUGCCCACGGCACACUUGUGUUUAACGUUUUUUUGCUUUCGGUUAUUUUCCAUAUGUUCAAUGCCCGGAAGGUGUACGCGGAGUUAAACUGUUUCGAGGGUUUGCACCGUUCAAAGCUUCUUUUAAUGAUUGUGACAUUUUGCCUUGGUUUUCAGGUGGUGGGCGUGUCAACCUUCGGGGAUGCCUUGGCGGUGUGCCCGCUUUCUCCACUAGCAUGGUUCUUCAGCGCUGCAAUCGCAGCCAUUGUGGUGCCUUUGGGCGUUCUUAGUCGUUUGGUGCCACUUACGGAGCGGGUCGUGAAGCGCAGGGAUCAAACGGGCGUUGCUGCGAGGAACUGCGUGAUGGAAAAGUUGUCAAGGAAGCUGGAGCAGGAGCAGCUGCAGAUGGGCACGGAUAACGGGAAC